GUCCCCCCCCCCCCCCCCCCCCCCCCCACACACACACACACACACCACGCACCACGCACCACGCACCACAGCUUCGCUUCUCUACUUCCUUGUUGGUUUCCCAGUGAUCGAUCGGAGCAAAGAUGCAGUUUCUCUAACCAAAUAUUUCUGCCACAAAGCUUUAACCCUAUCCUCCCAUCUCCCUAUUUCGUACAUUCCCCAACUCCACUUCGGGAUCUGAAACAUCCUCUUCCACUUUUUAACUCCCCUUCUCAUCAGAUUCACUUCAUUCAACAAUCAUAAACUGUAAUCGGAAAUCCAGCCGUUCACAGGAUGAGGCGGAGGCCCCCGGAUUUCCGAAGGCCUGCCAGGAGAAGAUUAUCCAACGCCUUUUGGUGGACUCUAUGUUUUGUUGCCGUUUUGCUCUUCGUUUUCAUUCUCACCAAAGGGACUCAGAUUGAGUCCACCAGGCCCGUCUUAGCAAGGAGAGCAUAUAGACAUGAAGGAAUUAUGGAAGGCCUCAAUAUUACUGAGGAAAUGUUGAACCCCAGCUCUAUUGCCCGUCAACUCAGUGACCAAAUUUCUCUAGCAAAGGCUUUCGUUGUGAUUGCAAAAGAGAGCAGCAAUCUUCAAUUCGCUUGGGAAUUAAGUGCCCAAAUCCGGAAUUCACAGAUACUCCUCUCAAGUGCAGCAACCAGGAGAGUACCUCUUCAGAUUACAGAAGCAGAAACGGCAAUACGUGACAUGGCACUGUUGCUCUACCAAGCCCAGCAACUUCAUUACGAUAGUGCAACAAUGAUCAUGAGGCUGAAAGCUAAAAUCCAGACUCUUGAUGAGCAAAUGAGCUCAGUCAGUGACAAAAGUUCAAAAUAUGGACAAAUUGCCGCUGAAGAAGUUCCAAAAAGUCUGUACUGCCUUGGCGUUCGCCUGACCACUGAAUGGUUUAGAAACUUAAAUCUACAGAAGAAGUUCAGUGAAGAGAAGCAAAUAGAUAUGAAACUUAAGGAUAAUGAUCUCUACCAUUUCUGUGUAUUCUCUGACAACAUCCUGGCCACUUCAGUUGUUGUCAACUCGACUGCUUUGAAUUCAAAAAAUCCUGAAAGGAUUGUUUUCCAUCUUGUAACGGAUGAGGUCAAUUAUGCAGCAAUGAAGGCCUGGUUUACAAUGAACGAUUUUAGAAGGGUGACUGUUGAUGUUCAAAUGUUUGAGGAUUUUAGCUGGUUGAAUGCUUCCUAUGUCCCAGUACUCAAGCAACUCCAAGACUCGGAUACUCAGAACUAUUAUUUUUCAGGUAAUGGUGGUGACAGUCGGACUCCCAUCAAGUUUCGGAAUCCCAAGUAUCUUUCAAUGCUCAACCAUCUCAGGUUUUACAUUCCAGAAGUGUUUCCUGCGCUUAAGAAAGUUGUAUUUCUUGAUGAUGAUAUUGUGGUCCAGAGAGAUGUUUCUGGCCUUUUCAGCAUUGAUUUGAAUGGUAAUGUAAAUGGAGCUGUGGAAACGUGCAUGGAAACCUUUCACAGAUAUCAUAAGUAUUUGAACUACUCCCACCCCCUUAUCAGGGAGCAUUUUGAUCCCGAUGCUUGUGGAUGGGCAUUCGGGAUGAAUGUUUUUGACUUGGUUGAGUGGAGGAGGAGAAAUGUCACCGGCAUUUAUCAUUAUUGGCAGGAAAAGAAUGUUGACCGGACACUAUGGAAACUUGGUACGUUGCCACCCGGUCUGCUUACAUUCUAUGGGUUGACAGAGCCAUUGGAUCCCUCGUGGCAUGUGUUGGGAUUGGGCUACACAAAUGUUGAUCCUCAGUUAAUUGAGAAGGGAGCCGUUCUUCACUUUAAUGGUAACUCAAAGCCAUGGCUUAAGAUUGGGAUAGAGAAGUACAAGCCCCUGUGGGAGAAAUAUGUUGAUUAUACUCAUCCUCUAUUGCAAAGCUGCAAUUUCCAUUGAUUAUAUGAACAUAAAUUUUGUUUUCCCCCUGUGAAGAUUGUUGUUUAAGAACAUCAGAGAAUUUUGGGGAGCACGGACGUACGUUUUUAUCACAAAAUCAAGCAUGUCAAGUUGCUGUAACAUGAAUAUUUUCAAAAUUCAGUUUCUUGUUGUAGCACAGAUCCUUGAUAAUAGAUAGUUGAGCUGAUGUUCUGAAGAUAAUUUCUGUCCUUGUAGGUUUAGGGCGAAGAACAGCAGUACAAUUUUCUUGUGCAAUCAACAGCAAUUGAUUCUGUCUUUGUAUCAGUAGAAAUCUAGCACUCACGUGUCCAGGGAUGAUCAUCCUCUUAUUUGAAUUUGGAAGUUUAGUUCUUGGGAAGUCUGCCCUCCCUUUUAGUA